AUGAGUUACACACCAAGAUCAGCAGAUGUAUAUGCAUAUGACCCAGCGUUACCACCGACGAACGUUCCUAUCGUGUCGGGAGCAACUGCUUUUGAUUGUCCACAGACUGGUAAUACGUUCAUCAUGAUAAUUAACGAAGCACUCUACUAUGGGAACCGAUUGGACCAUUCGCUAAUAAAUCCAAACCAGGUACAAAGUUUCGGAAUUCCCCUAUGGGAUAACCCUUUUGACGAAACAAGACAUGUUGGUAUUGAAUCCAAAAAUAUAUUCAUAGCAUUAAAGGCAAAAGGCACAAAGUUACUUUUUGAUUCAAGGGCACCAACUGAACAAGACCUUGCAACCUGUCUCCACGUCGAUAUGACAAGCAAGGUGCCGUGGAACCCAGGAACUGUCCAACUUGGUAAGGUCUCAGCAGCCCACGAAGACACUGAGGACCAUGUAGACAAUCCGAGAUCCAACGAGGCAGAACUGAGACAAUUGGAUCCCAUAAUGCAAGGGAUGAACACGAACUAUUCAAGGUAUUCUGAUGGAAGAGUGCCAUUGGAAGUGAUCACUGGCAUCACACCCGACAUAAUGGAGUACAUGGACUUUACUAUCUACGGAUGGGUAUACUAUCGCACGGAUGGUGCCUUAGGGGCAAAUGAGAUUGGAGACAUCAGUUGGGGGAAGAAUGAAAUACCGCCACAAUUGAUGUUUGACCUUGAAUUGGAAGAUGCUGAAUUCAAAUGCAGUUUCAACAAGUUGAUCGAGGCUGAGAACGUUGAUGAUGGCAUGCUCCAGGGGACUACGGAAACAGACGACAUCAACACACAAAACUAUGUCAACAUGGAAAUUGGUUUAAGGCGAGGCCAAGAAGGGGAACUACAGCGUGCCCUUGUACGUAGGCAAAUUGUUGAUGCAGAAGGAAGCCCAAUCGGUGUGGCAAGCAACAACCAGUUACUAGACACAAGGCAAUACGAAGUCGAAUAUGAAGACGGAGGCACCGAGAUAUUCUCCGCAAAUUUACUAGCAGAAAGCCUACUGGCGCAAGUGGAUGAACAUGGCCACAAACACUUACUGAUGGAAGAGAUCACAGAACACCGUUCUAACAAAAAAGCAGUAAAGAAACAAGACGGUUUUUAUAGCUUGAAGAGAGGAACGCAACGAAGACGACAUACUACAGCAGGUUGGGACCUUUAUGUCACUUGGAAAGAUGGUUCCUCGAACUGGAUACCUUUGAAAGACAUGAAAGAGUCCUUCCCAAUUGAAGUAGCAGACUAUGCAAUAAGCAAGGACAUUCAAGACAAACCCGCCUUUGCAUGGUGGGUACCACACGUUGUUCGAAAACGCACACAAUUCCUUGGCAAAGUCAAAUCAAAGUACUGGGAACGUACGCACAAGUAUGGGAUACGUAUACCAAAAUCAAUCAGAGAAGCCAUCAAAAUCGACAAAGAGAAUGGGGACACCCUAUGGCAGGAUUCCAUCCAAAUGGAAAUGAAGAACAAUCGAAUAGCCUUUGAAGAAUUUGAUGGAGACGUAGAGAAGCUGAUGGGAUACAAGAAAAUCACGGGACACUUGGUAUUUGAUGUGAAAUUGGGAGAAAACUUCCGAAGGAAAGCCAGGUACUGCGCUGACGGACACAAGACUGGAGCACCGGCAGCAUUGACCUACAGUACUGUAGUAUCUUGUGAUUCAGUUCGGAUACUACUCAUGAUAGCAGUGCUAAACGGAUUAGACUUGCAGUGUGCGGACAUACAGAACGCUUUCCUCACUGCACCAGCAAUCGAAAAGUGCUACAUGGUAGCAGGACCCGAGUUUGGGGACAAAGAAGGCAAAGUUUUCAUUGUAAGAAGGGCAUUAUAUGGUCUAAAAGGAUCAUCAGCGGCAUUCAGGUCACAUCUGGCAGAGACAUUGGAGGAAUUGGGCUUCUGGUCAUCCACUGCCGAUCCUGAUGUUUGGAUGAGAGCUGCUGUUAAACCUGAUGGGGAGGAGUAUUAUGAAUACAUCCUAUGUUACGUUGAUGACAUACUAUGUAUGUCAAUGAAACCAUUGGAAUGUUACGAUGGGCGAUUGGACAAGUUGACAUCUUAUUGGAAGUAUCACUACUAA